AAAAAAAAACACAAUAUGCUCAUAAAAGUAUAUUUAUACAGUAAGUUCCCGUUACAACGAAAAAUCCCGUUAUAACGAAAGUCAUAGAAAUCCCCUACCGAAAAGCUAUUAAAACAAUGUUAAACUAAUCUCAAUACAACGAAAUGAUAGAUUUUUAAUAAUCCCGAUACAACGAACUAUUUGUACUGGUUAAAAUGUAUGUAUUUCCCUACUUCAUUUAAUCUAAAGAUAAGAAGCACACGGUUUUACGAAAUUAUCAAGCCAUUAAAUUGUCAUUAUAACGUGUGACCGUGUUAGGCUCGUUUCACACUACACGGUUUUGACCGUACGGCAAAACACGAUAUAAGCAGGGUUCCUGUGCUUAGUAUACUUUUUCACAGGUUUAGUUUUAUAAGAACACUCAAGUCGCGCGUGGUUAUAAUGAACGACAAACAAAUUAUAUAUAAACGCAAAAGACAACAGAAAAAUUGUGUUUUUUGGGUACAUCAUAUUAAUGCUAGAAGAGAGGAAGUGGGAUUAUUUUAUACAUUAUUUAAUGACUUACGAAAUGAUGAAAAUAAGUUUUUUAAUUAUUUCCGUAUGUCAUGUGCUUCUUUUGAUGUAUUACAUGAAAAACUCAAGGAUAAGCUUCAACGUGAAAACAUGCAAUUUAGAAAUUGUAUACAACCAGUUGAGAUGAUAUCGAUUACAUUGAGAUGGUUGCAUGAUGCACAUAGGAUAAACACUACCAUUGCAUUUAGUGCGACAGAGAUAUUGACAAUAAGAAGACAUCAUCAAAGGAACAUAGAUGGACAUACAAAAGAUGUUUUGGAGAACAAAAAUUUCAACAACGAACAUACACAUCAUUGUACAGUAUCAUUACAUGCAAAUGUAAUUGUAGUAAGUUAAAAAUAAUAAACACAAAAUCUUUUCUUUUACAAACAAUAAGUGAAGAAUAUUGAUAUUACAACAUAUUUUUCUAAAUAUAAUACAAGUCUUA